ACUUCAGUAACUUCGUUUAUGGCUAUCUAGCCAAACGUUUUUUCAUAUACUGUGGGUAAAUGUCAAGGCAUGUGACUGACGCCCUAACGUUUUGUUUUCUCAUUCUUGUAGUGAAUGUGAAAUGGGGGAAGGAGAAAUUUGAUGCAGUGGAGCUGAACACAGAGGAACCACCCAUGGUUUUCAAGGCCCAGCUAUUCGCCCUGACAGGUGUACAGCCAGACAGACAGAAGGUCAUGGUCAAAGGAGGAACACUGAAGGAUGACGAGUGGGGAAACAUCAAAUUGAAAAAUGGAAUGACCCUGCUCAUGAUGGGGUCUGCCGAGGCUCUGCCUCAGGAGCCGGCCGUGCGCCCCAUGUUUGUGGAGGACAUGACUGAAGAGCAGCUCGCCUCAGCGAUGGAGCUGCCCUGUGGCCUAACUAACCUGGGGAACACCUGCUACAUGAAUGCUACUGUGCAGUGUCUGCGCUCCGUUCCCGAGCUCAAAAACGCUCUCAGAAGGUACUCUGGUGCCCUGAGGUCUUCAGGAGCAAAUUCUUCUUCACAGUACAUCACAGCAGCCAUGCGCGACCUGUUCGAGUCCAUGGACAAGACCUCCUCCAGCAUACCGCCAAUCAUCCUGCUGCAGUUCCUGCACAUGGCCUUCCCGCAGUUUGCAGAGAAGGGCGACCAGGGCCAGUACCUCCAGCAGGAUGCCAAUGAGUGCUGGCUGCAGAUGAUGAGGGUCCUACAGCAGAAACUGGAACCAGAGAUUCCAGAGUCUCCUAUGGAGACUGACUCUGAGAGUGGAGACACUGGCGCCGCAGCCAAGAAGAACUUCAUCGACCAGUAUUUCGGGGUGGAGUUUGAAACCACCAUGAAGUGCACGGAGUCUGAGGAGGAGGAGCCCGCCAUUGGCAAGGAAAGCCAACUCCAGCUCAGCUGCUUCAUAAACCAGGAGGUGAAAUAUCUGGCAACCGGUCUGCGUCUGCGUCUGCAGGAAGAGAUCACCAAACUGUCUCCAUCUUUGCAAAGAAAUGCUUUGUAUAUUAAGUCCUCUAAAAUCAGCCGAUUGCCCUCCUACAUGACCGUUCAGAUGGUGCGCUUUUUCUACAAAGAGAAGGAGUCUGUCAAUGCCAAAGUCUUGAAGGACGUGAAGUUCCCGCUGAUGCUGGACGUCUACGAGCUGUGCACCUCCGAGCUGCAGGAGAAGAUGGUGGGGAUGAGGUCAAAGUUUAAGGAGAUGGAGGACAAGAAGCUGGAAAAGCAGCAAAAAAAUGCGGAAAAUAAGGUGGCGACAACAACUAAAAAGGAAGUGAAAUACGAACCUUUUUCAUUUCCUGAAGACCUGGGCUCCAACAACAGCGGCUACUACGACUUGCAAGGCGUGCUGACGCAUCAGGGGCGCUCCAGCUCUUCUGGCCACUACGUGGCCUGGGUCAAGAGGAAAGAAGACGAGUGGGUGAAAUUUGACGACGACAAGGUCAGCGUGGUGUCUCCAGAGGACAUCCUGCGACUCUCGGGUGGCGGGGACUGGCACAUCGCGUACGUCCUGCUGUAUGGACCCCGCCGACUAGAAGUACAGGAAAGCGAGCAACAGUAACCGAGGGGAAACUUAAAGCGGCCAUUUCAGAGCACUGUCUGCAUAGAUGUGCAAUAAAUAUCGGUGUCUUUAAACUUCUGACCUUAAUUUUUUAUUUUUCGUUUCAAUAACCAACACGGAUGCAACCCUCGUUCAUCCGUACGCAUCAUAACCCAACGAGCGGCCUGUCGGACAAGGUUUCAUUAAAGCCGAAAACUGGAACCGAUUUAAAGAAAAGGGCAAGCCCGAAGACUAGGCUGACAAGUGUAGCUCCUCCAUUACCUUACACAUGAAAUGAAUAUAUUUUUUAAAAAUUCUUUUGACCUGUGAGAUUUCCAUGCUUUAUUAUGUGGUAGUGUAGUAUUAUUUUUGAAGUUGUACGUGGCCCUGUACACUCUUGGCCGAGCUGAGUUUUGCUGGGGAGAACAGGCUUUGUCACAUGCCCUCAUGAGCAUUCCGUAACAACGAUUCACCAGUUGUUGCAACGUUUAUCGGUCCCGGUCCUGGAAACCUGUUAUCUAUGGUUUUUGGAUGAAUCACCUUUAACUAGUUUGACUCAAAUUAACUGCCCUAAAAGUGGACAUACUGUAUUGUAUCUUAUUGGCCAAAAAAAAUAAAAUAAAAUGGUGUGUUCUAUUAAACUUAACUGAACCUUUUCAUUUGAACUUGUUCAAAUCUGCUCUUCAUGCAUUUUGGGAAGUUAAGUUAAUUGAAAAAAGUUUGCUGGCACAAUGGGGGGAUCAGGGUCAGGACUGAGAAACCCAGGGCUUUUUGCUGGGGGGACUAGGAAAAAAAAAAUGGCACUUUGGGUGUCACAAGAGCCACCCGACUGCGUCUUGCACUUGUUUGAUGCGGAAAGAUCUAUUAUUCUGAUCAGCAGUCCAUGAAAACAUUUACAGCUUUGAGGGUGGAUCUUUCUGAAUGAUCGGGAAAAAAAAUUAAGUUCUAUUCCAAUUUCCGUGAUCGUUUCUGUAUAAGAUGGUUUUUGCAAUACAAAAGCAUUGCUCUUGUAACACUGCGUAUCUUGUCUUCGUAGAACAGGUUAUUUUCUUCUGCUAUAUACGCAUGACUCGUGAGCUUUGCUCACUGUUGCCACGGUGAGCCUCCUGGCUCGCUUCAUGUCUUGGCAUUGCAGCCUAAGUCUUCUAUGGCCACCAUCAUAAAGCCCAGAAAACAGAACAUUGUUUUAUUUUUUUGUCGUAAGUUAUUGAUUGCUGGCUUUUCGUACAUGGGAAAAAUAAACGGUUAUACUGAA